UUUAGGGUCGUGUAUAGUAGGAGAACAUGAUAUUUUGACCACAACUGAAACUCCUAUUGCCUCUAAACCCCAUAGAGUCCCAUUUAAAUUUCAGAGUGAACUGCAAGAAAAUAUUAACAAGCUUCUAAAAUCAGGAGUGAUGGUAAAAUCUGACACUCCGUGGGUUUCAAACAUAGUGUUAGUGCAGAAAAAGGACGGCGGGCUUAGGCCUUGUAUAGACUUUAGAAAAUUAAAUGAAGUUACAGUACCGGACCAUUUUCCCCUACCUAGGUUGGAAACAAUUAUGGAAAAAGUAGGAGGUUGUCACUUUUAUUCAUCUCUUGAUCUCUCAAGUGGAUAUCUUCAGAUAAGAUUAACUGAAAGAGCUUCUAGGAAAUGUGGUGUAAUUACAGAAGACGAAGUGUACCAAAUGACCCAUAUGCCUUUCGGUUUAAGAAAUGCAACUAGUGCGUUCGCUAGAGUAAUGGCGCAUGUAAUCAGUGGAUUAGAAGAUUGUGUGUUAACUUAUGUUGAUGACUUUCUUGUAUUUACAAAACCAAAUGACUUUGACGUGCAUCUCGAUGCCUUAAAACAAGUAUUUGAGCGAUUAAGAAAAUUUUCAUUAAAAGUCAGUCCCAAGAAAUGCGUAUUGGGAUCAACAAAAAUGCACUUCUUAGGGCAUAUAAUUAAUUCCUCAGGCUACACACCAAGCCUAAGCAAAGUGGAAAUAAUAAAGAACUUAGCAGCACCCACUAGUGUCAAAGAAGUCAGGCGAGUAGUAGGAAUGGCCUCAUUUUUCAGAAAGCAUAUUCAAAAUUUUUCAAUGAUAGCAGAACCAUUGACCAGGCUAACUCGCAAAGAAAAUUGCUUUAAGUGGGAAGACGAGCAACAAAGAGCGUUUGAUAAAAUAAAAGAAAUAUUGACGAAUGAACCAGUCCUGACCUUUCCAGAUUAUAGUAAGCCGUUCCACAUUUUCACUGAUGCUUCUUUACAUAUUGCAGUCGAACAUUAA